GUAAAUCCAAUAGGAGAAUUACUCAACCUUUUACUCCAUUCCAUACAUACAGUUGAGUUUCAGCUACUCCAAAUUCAACCCCUUCCUUUCUCUCUCACUUUCUCUCUCUACAAAUUCGAAACCCAGCAAAGAAAGUGGCCAUGAGCCACUUCCACACCUAACAAAUCACCCAACAGAUCCAAUGAAUUUACUCCAAAUGCCAUCGAAAUUGUGAGCCACUCGUCUCUGAUCGGAGGGACACCAUGGGUAUGUGCACCUCCAAACCGCCCAAACCCAACCCCUACUCCGGCGGAGAAACCCUAGAACUCGACGCCCCCGAACCUUUCCAAACCCCGGCCGCCAAUCGCCGCCGCAACGACGAUUCCGACGCCUCCGCCAAAAAGUCCCCGUUCUUCCCCUUCUACAGCCCCAGCCCCGCCCGCUACUUCUUCUCCAAGAAGUCUCCGGCGAGGUCCUCGACGGCGAGCGCCAACUCCACGCCGCGGAGGAUCUUCAAGCGGCCCUUCCCGCCGCCGUCUCCGGCGAAGCAUAUAAAGUCGUUGCUGUUGCGGCGGCACGGGGCGGUGAAGCCGAAGAAUGCGACGGCGAUACCGGAGGGAGAGGAGGGAGAGGGAGGAGAUGUGGAGGGGCUUGAUAAGAGCUUUGGAUUCUCGAAGCAGUUUACGAGUAGGUAUGAAGUUGGGGAAGAGGUAGGGAGAGGGCAUUUUGGGUAUACUUGUUCUGCUGUGGCUAAGAAGGGUGACUUGAAGGGUCAACGGGUUGCUGUCAAAGUCAUCCCCAAAACCAAGAUGACAACGGCUAUUGCAAUUGAGGAUGUGAGAAGGGAGGUGAAGAUUCUACGAGCAUUGACAGGACAUAAAAAUCUUGUGCAAUUUUAUGAUGCAUUUGAAGACCACAAUAAUGUCUAUGUAGUGAUGGAGUUAUGUGAAGGAGGGGAGCUUUUGGACCGAAUACUUUCGAGGGGUGGGAAAUACUCGGAGGACGAGGCAAAGGCUGUCAUGUUACAAAUCCUAAAUGUUGUUGCAUUUUGUCAUCUCCAGGGUGUGGUGCACCGAGAUCUAAAACCAGAGAACUUUCUGUUUACCUCCAAGGAUGAUGAGCACUCCCAGUUGAAAGCAAUAGACUUCGGCUUAUCAGAUUUUGUGAAACCAGAUGAAAGGUUGAAUGAUAUUGUGGGAAGUGCAUACUAUGUGGCACCUGAAGUUUUGCACAGAUCUUACAGUACUGAGGCCGAUGUGUGGAGUAUAGGAGUGAUAGCAUAUAUCCUUCUAUGUGGCAGUCGUCCAUUUUGGGCCCGAACUGAGUCUGGAAUUUUUCGGGCAGUCCUAAAGGCUGAUCCGAGUUUUGAUGAAGCCCCUUGGCCUUCUUUAUCUUUAGAGGCUAAGGAUUUUGUCAAGCGUUUAUUAAAUAAAGACCCUCGGAAGAGGAUGAGUGCUGCUCAGGCUUUAAGUCAUCCAUGGAUUCGGAAUUCUAAUGACAUAAAAGUUCCUCUUGAUAUUCUUAUAUUCAGACUCAUGAAGGCCUACAUGCGAUCUUCAUCUUUGCGUAAGGCUGCUUUGAGGGCAUUGUCUAAGACAUUGACAGCGGAUGAACUGUUCUUCCUAAAGGAGCAAUUUGCACUAUUGGAGCCAAACAAAAAUAAUAGCAUAACAUUAGACAAUAUUAGGACGGCCCUGAUGAAAAAUGCGACAGAUGCAAUGAAGGAGUCUCGCAUCCCUGAUUUUCUUUCAUCGUUAAACGCACUGCAAUACAGAAGAAUGGAUUUUGAAGAAUUCUGUGCAGCUGCAUUAAGUGUCCAUCAGCUGGAGGCACUUGAUCGCUGGGAACAACAUGCUCGUUGUGCAUAUGAAAUUUUUGAGAAGGAUGGAAACAGGGCUAUUGUCAUUGAGGAACUUGCAUCGGAACUCGGCCUCAGCCCCUCAGUUCCGGUUCAUGCCGUUCUCCAUGACUGGAUAAGGCAUACUGAUGGAAAGCUUAGCUUCCUUGGGUUUGUCAAGUUGUUGCAUGGUGUGUCCAGCCGAACUCUUGGAAAGGCACAGUAAAAGCUGGACAUGCCUGGCAAAACCUUGACAGUGUUGAGUUUUCUAUUCUCUUUAGCGCCAAAUGAAUGGGUCAGAAGUAGUUUACAGAUACUCGGGAGCUUUGAUUCAUUUUUCUAGGCUUGGCAUUCUGGGAAGUUUGCCCCUGCUAUUUGAUUUCGUUCAAAUUGCAUUUCAUAAUUCUUAUGGAAAUGCUUAAAAAAAAGCUUGAAUCUGCCAGAAUCUUCACGUCAAGUUGUUGUGCUAUUUCAAAGCUAUGAAAGGCAGUGCAAGUCAGUGUAAAGUUACGGUUAGUGUGGGCAGAAGAUUCUACUGAAACCCUUUCGUCGUUGCUUUAUAUAUAUAUAUAUAUAUUCUGUUUCUGUAUCCAUUCUACUCUAUUUAAUACAACUUUGUAUGCUUAAUUUUUCUUAAGACGUGGAAUGAAGUUCUUUUUGCUUUUGGCAUAUCAUUUUCUUAAA